AUGUAUGGCAUAGACACAUCAGGGAAUGCCACCAUUGUGCAGACGCUGGUCUUUAAUGCCUUUGUCUUUGCUCAGAUAUCCAACUCAGUAAACUUGCGAAGGCUGGAUUGGAAGCUCAACAUUUUUGAAGGCAUGCUUAACAACUGGUACUUCAUCGCCAUCCUUCAGAACAACCUUCCAGAUAUGUCACGAAGAGCCAUCAUGUGGAGUGCGCAAACAACCUUCCCAAAUGUGAACAAAGAAGAGAAACUUGAGCUCUUGUUGCACAUCCUUUCGAAGUUCUUUGCAGUCCCCAUUUUCUUCCAAAUGACAAAGGUCAUGGACAUCAUGGAAGAUUUCUUGAAGAUGAUGGGCUGGAAGUACCUCUGUUUUGAUGGUGGUACGAAGAUGGAAGAGCAUGCCUUACACAUACAGCAGUUCAAUGCAAAGGAUUCAGUCUCCAUCCUGUUGACACAAGCUGGUGGUUUGGGGCUCAACUUGCGGACUGCAGACACAGUCAUCAUACAACCUACCAUCUUCUCCAUCCUCUCCCAGCACAUUCAUGCGUGUUACAAGCUCGAUAUCAACAACGAAAUGGUCAUUCAAUCCAAUCCUCAGUCCAUUGCUAAUGGUCAGGUCCCAGGGCAUCAGUCGAAACUUUCAGUGAUGUGCACAAUACAGGCGGGGUGCAUUCUUCUAUAUAGUCUGAACAAGCAAGAUGAUACUAUCCAUAGCAUGAUCAUCACCUUACACUUGAGCAACACAGACUCAGACACGAUCCUUCUUGGUCCAGAACCUCCUCACCCUCUCCCAGAGCCCCAACAACGCUUCUAUCCCUUCUUCAUUCGCCUCCACUCCCUCUGCAACCGCCUCAGCACAAAUCAUCAAAUUGGCCCUUAUCUCAACAUUGUCCCAUUGGCGUUUGCUGCCUCGGCCUCGAACAACAUUUUUGAAGCCAUCAACUGUCCAGAUCGUCAAUCAGCAAUAACAGGUACAUAA